AGUGAUGGUAAGAUCUGUCUGUUUGAUGCAACGCAAUCAAAACUUUGCGCUACCAACUUGUGGUUCCGAUUAUUAAUAACCUGACAUACUGUUCUUCACAUUCCCUCGGCACACAAGGUGCCUUCAAGCUAAACACAAACUCACCAGAAACGAGUUACGCGCCACAAAAACUAAAGUAACAAGUUAUAUACUGCUGUGCAUAUAACCUAGUCGCCAAAAAUGCCAAUCUACAUGUAUCCAGCAGUUGCCGCUCCUGAAAGGCAUUCCGUUGACUACGUUUCGCAAGGUCAGCCAGAGGGUCCAAGGAUUCAGCAGGGUUCCGCUGUUGUACCUGGAGAGAUAGUUUUUUCUUCUGUCUCAAAUCUUAUAACUGGCCAUGGGACCUAUAGAAGCGUAGCUGUUUCAUCCGAAAAUGACGAUGAAAAUUUGUCCUCAGUUGUUAAUCCACACACUUCGCCAUCUGUUAACGGAGAUCCAGGAAUACAGGCUAGCAAUAUACACACUUCUUUAACUGGGCGUGUUAGGAUAGUUAAUAAACUUGUGUAUGUCGAACCACCUAAAGCCCGGUAUUCCGGUAAUGUUGGAGAUACUGUAGUUGGCCGCAUUGUAGAGGUUGAACAACGUCGAUGGCGUGUGGACCUUAACUCUGCUCUCUUGGCUAACUUAGCAUUGGCUAACGUAAAAUUACCUGGCGGCGAACUUCGUCGGAAAUCCGAAGAUGACGAACGGGCCAUGCGUUCUUUCAUGAAGGAGGGUGACCUGAUUGUCGCUGAAGUUCAUGAAGUUUACAAAGAUGGAACAUUACAACUUCAUAUGCCAGGUACUAGAACUGGCAAACUUGGAGGUGGCUGUCUUCUACGCAUUCCGCCUAGUCUUAUUAAGCGUCAAAAAAUACAUCGCCAUCGUCUAGCUAUUCCACGAAUUGAUACACUUGAUGGUCCUAUUACAUCAGCAUCUAAUGAUGUUAUUUCUGUUGGCCUCAUCCUCGGUUGUAACGGAUAUGUUUGGACGGGUCCAGCAAGAGCUAUGGAUAUUGGUCUUGGUUUAUCAGCUCCAGUUGAAGCAGAUUUAAGUGCAGUCAAUGAAAUGGAAAUAUUAGCUGAACGCAUUGCAGUCUGUCGUGUACGUAAUUGUAUUUUAGCUUUAACAAAUAAUGGGAUGCCAGUAUGGGAAACAAGUGUUCUUACUGCAUGUGAGGCUAGUUUGUUAGCUGAUCAACAAAAUGAUGAUGAAGAUGACGAUUAUGAAAUGGAAUUUGAAACUAAUAUUAAUAACGAUCCUUCAGGCAGUAAAGCUCGUAAUCGCAUUGCUCGUCUAUUGCAUCCAGAAGUUGCUCGUCGUCUUGUUACUCUUGUUCAAGCAAAAUUAAAAUCUGACUAUUGACCAUGUACAGAAAUUAAAACAAAUAUCUUGUAAAUAAAAGAAUUUUAUUUUUUCAGCCUUUUGAUAAUUUUUAUUCUGGUUUAAUAUAUUGUGAUAUAAAUAA